ACUAGAACCGAGGACAGCACCGGACAGCGUAAGCCCCUAGCACCGAUAGUUAUCCGGAUAGAAGCUGAGCGGCGGCCAUAAUUGCAUAGCUUCCGACCUGAGCUCUAUCUCAUAGCCUACCGAGAAGAUCGUGGACCGAAAGCAUGUGCUCUAUACUUGCAUGCUGUUGUGAUUGCGCGGCAACGAUUGCCUGUUGCUGCUGUACCUGCGCACUGCAGACGAUCUGCUGCACCGUCGGUAUUGCCCUCAUCAUCUGCUUGGCCGUCGGUCUGGGCGUUUACUUCGGUGUGUUCCACAACCGCGACUCGGACUCGGACUCGGAUACGAGAGCCGCCACACCGAGCAGUGUCCUGCUGAGGUCACUGAUGCCCGAUAGCUGGAGAGAUGACAAGGAUUCCCAGUGGGUGUACUGAUGCGCCACUCAGACUAGACAUCCCCGGGCCCGGAAGAACCGCUGUGUGUCUCUCUCUGUCUGUGAUAUGUGUAAUUAGGCUAAGUUUGUGACGUCAAGUGCCCGCCGUUUUUCGAUGCUCUGUUAUUCGAUGAUCACCGCAAAAUCCAGGAACCAGUGAACAAUAAAUCGUUGUGGCCUACGGGCAACGUGUCCAA